CCUACCAUAACGAGCAUAAAUCUUCCUCUUCUUUUAUCUCCAUUUCCAUUCCAGCUCAAAGCUUAGAGCUCCCCCAUUAGUUUAUAGUUUCUGGAGCAACAUGUUUCCUUUACAACCCAACAGCGAUCCGUUCUAUCUCCAACCAAAUCACAACCCGAUUCCAGAAGAUCUGAUCAUUCAUGAUGAUCAAGAUCUUCAUGGCCUUUGUUUUACCAACCCAAAGGACAAGAACAAGGGCUCAGACGAAUCUGUACUCAUAUCUUUCAGCAGAGGCAACAAAAGCGACGAAGAUUGUGAUCCCAAGAAGAAGAUGCAUCGAGACAUCGAACGGAGGAGGCGGAAAGAAAUGAACACCCUUUACGCGUCUCUAAGAUCAUUACUUCCUGUCGAAUAUAUCAAGGGGAAGCGAGCAACAUCAGAUCAUAUAACUGGGGCUGUCAAUUACAUAAACCAUCUAGAAAGGAAUAUCAAUGAGAUGGGAAGAAGAAGAGAUGAAUUGAGGAGGGGUAAAUCUGUUUGUUUGGGCUCUCCUGGACCAGAAGUUUGGAGCUCAGGCACCAAUUCUUCAACGACAGCUUUGAGUGUGAGGCCUUGUCUGGAUGGAGUGGAAAUAGUCAUCCGAAGUGCUAGCUCCAGCGACCAAGACCAUAAUUUUCCAUUGUCAAAGGUGUUGCAACUACUGCUGGAAGAAGGAAUUAGUGUAGCAAGUUGUGUUUCCACUAGAACUAGUGAAACGAUAUUCAUCCACACCAUCCAGUCAGAGGCUUGCCAUACUGGGUGCCUCAAUAUAGCUCGGCUGCAAUCGAAACUUGAUGAAUUGCCUACUGACUACUGAGUGAGAGAGAUGUUUUUUGGUAAUUGAUUGCUGCGAGCAGUUUCAUUAUUCUUUUAGAUUUCCCUUAUCAUUACAACUCUUGGAUGAAGAAUCAUGCAAGUAAUUUCGCUCUUGUGUGCUCAAGAAGUAGGUUUUCAAGAACUUUUGCAAGGUUUGUUCUCAGUCAGAUUGGUAGCAUCCAAGCUAAAUCAUUACAGUUAGUGCACCCAAAUCCCCAUUA